AUGGAGAAAGUUGAGGACGCCGAGAGGUUUCUGAAGAAUGUUGACAAAAUAAGUGAGCUGGUGAAGGAACUUACAUCUUCUGAUGCUAAAGUCCAGCAAAAGGCGAUGGAGGAAGCUGAUUGCUACAUUGCUGCCUUGGAUGAACCCUGCAGGACAAAAGUCAACAAGACCAAAAUCAACACAAACCCACCCCUCCAGCCUUCCUUGGUAGAGCACAAUUUUACAACCAGGAGUUUCAUGAAGCUCAUGGAGGGAGAUGCCGAAGACAGGAGAGUGAAGCGAAUUGCUGAAGAGAAAAAGGCAACUGCACUUAAAGACAAGGGGAAUGAAGCCUAUGCCCAAAAAGACUACGAAAGUGCUGUGAAGUAUUACAGUGAUGGUGUGGCUGAGCUACGGGACAUGCAGCAGCUGUACACCAACCGAGCACAAGCCUACAUCAAGCUGGGGAAGUACAAGGAGGCUAUCAGUGACUGUGAAUGGGCUCUGAAGUGUAACGGGAGGUGCAUUAAGGCUUUUGUGCACAUGGGCAGAGCAUAUCUGGAACUGAAGAAUUAUAAUGAAUCAAGACACUGCUUUGAAAAGAUAGUGGAAAUUGAACCUGGAAUGGAGAAUAUGGUAAACGAAUACCUGAGCCAGGUAGAUUUGGAAGAGAAGAGAGAGACUCGGGAAAUGAAUGCAAAGCUAGAGUUUGACAAGGGAGAGGGGAAGGGGACAACCGUGCCUCAGUUGCUGGAGAAUCUGUCAAGGCCCGACCAGACUCCCCUCUCCUACUGCGGAGGAUUGGAGAUUCUGUUGCGUGCAGUUACUGACUGUACCGGCCAGACCCUUUUCAGACUGAACAAUGGCUUCAGUAUCAUCGGCAGCAAUGACUUCGUGAGGAGUUGCCUGUUGCAGAAAACAGUGGAUGGACACAGUCGGGACUUAUGUGUGUCUGUUCUGAGAUUGUGGAGGGCUCUUUGUCGUGAAAAUGAUGAAAACCAGAAGAUUUUGAUGAUGUGCCCAGUCACAAAACAGGCCACUGUUCACUUGUUAACAUCAGAGCAUGUUGCAGUGCAGAAAGAGUGUCUGGCAUUGCUGUGUUUGUACUCGCACAUGCCACAUGGCAGACGUUUGACUAUUGACAGCCUGAAUAUGCACAUGUUGGUGAGGAACCUCAUGGCGUGUAUCUUACUGCCGAAGCAGCAGCAGGAGAACGCAGCGGUCAACAUUCUGGAGAACUUUGCAGCAGAAAACAAAUUUCACAUUCAGUUAAGGAAUACGUUGACCGAGUCUGUCAUUGUGCCAUUUACAUCAAUACUGAGAAGUAUCAACAAGAACAAUCGUCAGAUCCUUCCACCACUUUUGUCGGUUAUUGGCUCUCUGGCUCGGGACAACGUCAUCCAUCACAAGCUUGCUCAUGAUCCAGAGUGUUGGGAAGCCUUUCCGGUUGCCAUUAGGCAGUGCAGUGCAUGUGAAUACAAGGAGAUCCUUUACCCCAUGCUUGGAUUGAUCAUCAACCUCUCAACUACACCUUCUCCGGUCAUACAGGAGCAUGCUGUUUCACUGUGUGGCUGCUGUGUCGGCCUGCUGAGCGACAGUGACGGGGGAGUUAUCACGAGAGCCACAGGUGUACUGAGCACUGUCCUCCCCCAGUCCUCUGAGGCUGUGCAGCUUGUUAUCCAGAGGGGUGUUGUUCGGACCAUGUGUCAGCUGCUAAAGGGAGCAGGGCAGGAUGCCACCAAGUAUGCCAUUAAGACCCUGACAGUGUGCACUGCUGGCAGUCAUUUGGCCCGAGAGGAGCUGCUGAAGUCUGAUAAAAAGCUGUCCAUCUUACGUCAUCUGCUGGGCUCCAGCUGUGAUGAGUUGGUGUUAGGAAACGCAGCCCUCUGUUUGGCCAACUGCCUUCAGUUGGAGGGAACUGCCAGCAAUCUGCUGGGCACUGAUAUUGUGCUGCUGCUGCUACGCCAUGCUGCAGGGGAUGCAAAGAAGACGGCUGUGCAGCUAAAUGCAGCGAUUGCUCUGGCGACGCUGUGUCGAUCUGCGCCCAGACAUACGGAAAAGGUUCGAGAACUACACGGCUUUGAAGUCCUGCACUCCUGUGUGAAGCUCAUCAACUCAUGA